UUGGUCCGCAGCCCAGGCGCGGUGGCCAAUGAGCACGCUCUCGGAGAGCGGGGAGGGCAAUAUGGCUUCCUGCACCUAGUGACGGUUGAGGAAAUCGAGUUUGUUAUCAUGGAGAAACCGCUGGGCACCGAGGAGGCGCCAUCUUCAGAGCCAAUGGAAGAAGAGGAGGAUGAUGACUUGGAACUCUUUGGGGGCUACGACAGCUUCCGGAGUUACAACAGCAGUGCGGGCAGUGAGAGCAGCUCCUAUCUAGGAGAGUCAAGUGAGACAGAAAAUGAAGAGAGGGAAGCAGGAGAGCUACCCACCUCACCUCUGCCUUUGCUCAGCCCCGGGAAUGCCCGCUCCUUGGAAGGAAGUGGUUCUGAGCCAGCGGUCUGUGAGAUGUGUGGUAUCGUGGGCACGAGAGAAGCUUUCUUCUCAAAGACCAAGAGGUUCUGCAGCGUCUCAUGUUCCAGGAGCUACUCCUCCAACUCCAAGAAGGCCAGCAUCCUGGCCAGACUCCAGGGAAAGCCACCCACCAAGAAAGCCAAAGUCCUGCACAAGGCAGCCUGGUCCGCCAAGAUUGGAGCCUUCCUCCACUCCCAGGGCACAGGACAGCUAGCAGAUGGGACACCAACAGGACAAGAUGCUCUGGUCUUAGGGUUUGACUGGGGGAAGUUCCUGAAGGAUCACAGUUACAAGGCUGCUCCUGUCAGCUGCUUUAAACACGUGCCCCUCUAUGACCAGUGGGAAGACGUCCUGAAGGGGAUGAAGGUGGAAGUCCUCAACGGCGAUGCUGUGCUCCCUAGCCGGGUGUAUUGGAUCGCCUCUGUCAUCCAGGCAGCUGGGUACCGCGUGCUGCUUCGGUAUGAAGGCUUUGAAAAUGACUCCAGUCAUGACUUCUGGUGCAACCUGGGGACAGUGGACGUCCACCCUAUUGGUUGGUGUGCCAUCAACAGCAAAAUCCUGGUGCCUCCGCGGACCAUCCACGUCAAGUUUACGGACUGGAAAAGCUACCUCAUGAAGCGGCUGGUGGGCUCCAGGACGCUUCCUGCAGAUUUCCACAUCAAGAUGGUGGAGAGCAUGAAGUACCCCUUUCGGCAGGGCAUGCGCCUGGAGGUCGUGGAUAAGACCCAGGUGUCUCGGACCCGCAUGGCUGUGGUGGACACGGUGAUUGGGGGUCGCCUCCGGCUCCUUUAUGAGGACGGCGACAACGAUGACGACUUCUGGUGCCACAUGUGGAGUCCCCUGAUCCACCCCGUGGGUUGGUCACGGCGGGUCGGCCAUGGCAUCAAGAUGUCAGAGAGACGAUGCGACAUGUCCAAUCACCCGACCUUCCGGAAGAUCUACUGUGAUGCUGUUCCUUACCUCUUCAAGAAGGUCCGAGCUGUCUACACGGAAGGUGGCUGGUUCGAGGAAGGAAUGAAACUAGAGGCCAUUGACCCUCUGAAUCUUGGCAAUAUCUGUGUAGCAACCAUCUGCAAGGUUCUCUUGGAUGGCUACCUGAUGAUCUGUGUGGAUGGGGGCCCCUCCACAGACGGCUCAGAUUGGUUCUGCUACCAUGCCUCCUCCCAUGCCAUCUUCCCAGCCACCUUCUGCCAAAAGAAUGACAUUGAGCUCACGCCCCCAAAAGGGUAUGAGACACAGCCUUUCGACUGGGAGACCUACUUGGAGAGGACCAAGUCGAAAGCAGCUCCAGCAAGACUCUUCAACAUGGACUGCCCCAACCAUGGCUUCAAGGUGGGCAUGAAGCUGGAGGCUGUGGACCUGAUGGAGCCCCGGCUCAUCUGUGUGGCCACCGUGAAGCGAGUGGUGCAUCGGCUCCUUAGCAUCCACUUCGAUGGCUGGGACAGCGAGUAUGACCAGUGGGUGGACUGCGAGUCCCCGGACAUCUACCCCGUCGGCUGGUGUGAGCUCACCGGCUACCAGCUCCAGCCGCCUGUGUCCACAGAACCAAACACACCUCAGAAGGGCAAAGAGUCUUCAAAGAAGAAAAAGAAACAGUUUGGGAAGAAAAGGAAAAGGAUCCCAUCAGCCAAGGCUCGGCCCCUCAGACAGGGCUCCAAGAAACCGUUUCUGGAGGAGAACCUGCAGGCCCUGGGGGUCUCGGAGCCGGCUUCUGAUGACAUUAUUGCUGUGUGUGUGAAGGAGGAGCACCAGGACAUUCCAUCGCCCAGCAGGUCACCCAGCCCACAGCUGUCCUUCCCUAUUGAGAGCAUCAAGAAGGAGAAGGACAGCUGAGACUUCCCUGGCGUCAGCCUGGACCCUAGCUGAAGCUAAGCCUUGUCAUGGAGCAGAGAGGAGGCCCAGCUCUACUGCUGUGCAGUGAAUGGACAGCCUGGUCUUCCAGGCCCACUUCUGCCCUCUGGCCAGGCCUGCUGGCUGCUCGGCUUGAGUUCUAAGCUGACACACUCAUUGCACCCUCAGUGCACUGGAAAACUAGACUGAUCGCAUGUGUCUACCCAGACAAGUGGUGGAAGUAAAGUUACAGAGCAGCUGUGAGUGGACAGCCCGACGUUCUGGUGAACGGAGCCUCCUCUGCCUCAGCCAAACUGAGGGCCUCGUGUCUCCUGGGGGCGCCUUGUCCUACCUAGUGCCCUAGGGUCCCACUGUGGCAAGUGACUGUGAAGUGACCAGGGUGUCUUGUGAGUGGCCUUGACCUCAUGGUUGGAGGAACACCAACUUCCCUUCCUAGAACAAACAGUUGGGAAGACAUUUGGGCCAGGCUACCUGCUGCUGGGCACAGGAUCGGACAAUAGUUUGGCUCAUGCAUUCUGUGUUCCUAAAGCCUUGCUUGGGUUGGACCUAACACUUCCAUCCCCCUGCCUGGGUCAUAGAACUGCUCAGCUUACAUCUUUAUGUCAAGUUUGAGCUUUUGUAUUUCCCACUUAAGACACUUUUUUUUUUUUUUUUUUUUGAGACAGUCUAUUGUCGUCCUGUUUUGGGCUUGAGCCUCAGGCUCAGAGGUCCACCUGCCUCUUUCCCUAGUGCUGGGUUUCCAGGUGUGCCCCUGACCCCAGUUAGAUGCUUCUGAAACUGGUCAUCCAGGAACAUCCUGGGAACCAGUGGGGCUCCUGCACGUGGCUGUUGUGUUUUGCUGGUGUGGACAGCAGCAGGGAGGCCAGUGGCCCUGUCAUGAGUGGCUGCAGCUGUGCUGCCUAGUGCUGCCCCCUUCUGGGCUUUCCCUGGGCAGUCUGCUCCAUCAUCUGAAAAUACGCUGAAGCGUUUUGCUCUGGACCAGGCUGGGUCAUCCCUGAGGAGAGGUCUGAGUGGACCAUUCACCACAGACUGGGCAGGUUCAGAGAGAACUUGGUCCUGCCUCAUCUGCUAGACAGCCCACCCUGUGCAGAACCUAGGCCCUGAAAGAUGACCAUGUUGGCCUCAUUUCCUCAGGGUAAAUAGGUUUGGGAAUAGAUGGAAGACCACAGCAAAAGGCAGGUUCAGUUCCUGGCACCCACUCAUAGCCACCUGUACCUUGAGCUCCAGAGGGAGCCUGUGCCUGUUCUGUGGGUACAAAUGUAUACAACAUGUAAUUAAAAAUAAAAUCUUUCAAGAAAAAAAAA